AUGACCAGAGGCCCUGCUGAAACUCUGCGCUUCCAGCCUGCUCUUCACGCCCCGCGCAGCAGGAGCCGCGCCUGGCGUGGGGCUAGCGCGUCUCAGCGUUGCCCCGGCAACCACGCUGCGUGGGGGGGAGGGGCUAGGCGCUGCGUUGCCCCGAGCGCCCACCCUGGUGCCGAGGGCUGCCGGGAGGGAGGUGAACCUCGGGCCGGCCCGGGGGUGGUCCCUGGUGUGUGCUGUUGGGGCGUUCAGUCCUUGCAGCUCUUCACCCAGUCUCGCUCUCUUUCACCCGCGCCCCGCCCAGACUCGAGGAAGACGCCGGGACGCGUCCGGGCCGACAGGGCGGUUUCCGAGAGGCGGAGCUCAGUCGCCCAUUUCCUUUCUCCGUCGGCUAGAACCCGGACGCCGGCAGCACCCUCUGGCUUCGGACUGUCCUGCGGCAGGCCCAGCGCUGCGCGUGGCCCCAGCGGCAGCAUGGGCGGCGCCCGGGAUGUGGGCUGGGUGGCGGCGGGCCUGGUCCUAGCGGCCGGCGCCUGCUACUGCUUCUACAGGCUGACGCGGGGCCGGCGGCGAGGCGUCCCCGGGCUACGGCUGCGCCCCUCGCGCUCUGCAGAAGACUUAACCAAUGGCUCAUAUGAUGAAAUCCUAAAUGCUGAACAACUUCAGAAACUCCUUUACCUGCUUGAGUCUACUGAGGAUCCUGUCAUUAUCGAAAGAGCUUUGGUCACUCUGGGUAACAAUGCAGCCUUUUCAGUCAACCAAGUCACGAUUCGUGAAUUGGGUGGUAUUCCAAUCAUUGGAAGCAAAAUCAACAAUCCCAACCAGAGUAUUAAAGAGAAAGCUUUAAAUGCACUGAAUAACCUGAGUGUGAAUGUUGAAAAUCAAAUAAAGAUAAAGGUGUACGUCAGUCAAGUCUGUGAGGAUGUCUUCUCCGGCCCCCUGAACUCCGCUGUGCAGCUGGCCGGACUGAGGUUGUUAACAAACAUGACAGUGACCAAUGACCACCAGCACAUGCUUAGCAGUUACAUUACAGACCUGUUCCACUUGUUGCUCACGGGAAAUGGAAGCACCAAGGUUCAAGUUUUAAAACUGCUUUUGAAUUUGUCGGAAAAUCCAGCCAUGACAGAUGGACUCCUUGGUGCCAAAGUGGAUUCAUCAUUCCUUUCCCUUUAUGAUGGCCAUGUAGCAAAGGAGAUUCUUCUUCGAGUUCUCACACUGUUCCAGAAUAUAACUACCUGCCUCGAAAAGGAAGGCCGUUUAGCUAUUCAGCCAACUUUCACUGAAGGUUCACUAUUUUACCUGUUAUAUGGAGAAGAAUGUGCCCAGAAAAUGAGAGCUUUAGUUUAUCACCAUGAUGCAGAUGUGAAGGAAAAGGUAACAAUGAUACCAAAAUUCUAACUGGUUGGUCAUAUUUUUCCAAAGAGUAAUGCAGUCUAGAAAUAAUACACAUAAACUUCUCAUUUCUUACAAAGGGAUUCUUUCAACUGCUUGAAUUUAAACAAACAGUAAAUAUCACCUUCCAUCAUUAACACAGCUACAACUUGCCCUGGUCUUGGACCAUUUUAUUGAUACCAAAAUAAGAGCUUGUUCUGAAACCAUUUUGUUUUUAUUUUGCUUUUUGCUAAGCUACUUCAGUUAUCCUCUACACGGAGUGACAGUGACCUUUUUAUGUGUAAGCUACCCUUCCACUGUUGGCAGUGAUUUGCAGUUAUGCAUCUGGGACAGCAGCAGUAUGUUUCAUAAGCGCCCUAGGAAGGACCCGAGAUAGAGCCCAUACUCCCAAGGCCACCUGCCACUCUUUCAGGUCUGUUCUAGAAUCUAUUCUACUCUAUGUAAACUGUUAGAAAUGUUUCCUAGUACUCACCCACUCCCAUUCAGUUUGAUGUGUAUAACAUACUGGAUCAAUCAAAAUCCAUCCAAAGGCAAAGGCAAUUGGUUAAAUCAGUUAUAUAGUCUUUAAAGAGAAUGAAGCAAGUCUGAAUGUGCUGAUGUGGAAAGACAUCCAUGAAAUAUGGUUGUUUUUCAAAAUACAUGUUGUAGAAAAAUAUGACCCCAUUUGUGGUUUUUUUUUAAUCAAAAAAUUUAUGCUUAUAUAUGGACAGAACACUUCUUUCAUAUAUAGGCAUUUUGGUAUAUAUAUCUAGAAUGAAAGCCACACUCCUGAGAAUAGGAUUAGGGAGUGAGAAAAUGAUUUUUUAUGUACACUUUCUAGUGUUUGGGCAUAAAUUUCAUAAUUUUUUUAAAUAAAGAAGAAAAAUGUCACAGGAUUAUUUUCUCCCCUUAAUUUAAAGAAGUUUUAUUCAUUAAUUUUCACCCAUAUUUUACAUGAUUAAAAUUACAAGAUAUGAAAACUUCUCAGCAGUUUUUAAUAGUAUUUUUAUCCCAUAAGCUACUCUAACAAUUUAUUGAUUGAUAUAUUUGAAUUCAGCCAGGUUCCCCCCUCCAGGUUUUGUAAUAUUCAAGUUCAUAACCACCACCAUGCUUAGUUAUUAAGUAAAUCAAUUUGUAAGCAGAAGCUUUCCUAGUCAUGUAUUUAAGGCAAAGCUUUAAGAGAAGAGUACUUUAAAUUUCAUUUGUAAAUACAUAAAUUUCCAUAGGAAGUCACAAAUCCUCAAACAGAAAAAUGUGCUUUAUCAGGGUUAUCCUGAUACAGAAAUGAAACUUGGGAGACAUAUUUUUACAGUAGAAACAUGAUGAAAAUUCUAAAUUAGCUACAGCAGUAAUAAUGUACAUUAUGAAGGCUAAGGAUCAUUUAUCAAGUGAUGCAAACAUAAGUGUUAACUCCCUGAAAGGCACAUUUCUUUAUAACAAUUUUGCUUAAUCUUCCUCCUUGUUUACUGAAAAUAUAUUCAAAAUGUACACACAUUAAAACAAAGAUUUGAUUUCAAUGUGCGGUAGCAGCAUUGGAUUCUAAAACACCCUAUCUUCUUUUCCUCUAUUAUUAGUCUGAACAAAUAACGUUUCCUGGAAAUCAGAGCAUUGAGUUUGAAAUGUCAAAAAUGCUAGAGAAAAGGGGGGAGUCAUCUAGAAAGAAUUCCACAGGGAAAGUGCACAGUUCGAUCUUUACCUAUGUAGGUCAUGGCACAUCUUACCUUUUUUAGGUGGGCUUUCUCCUAAUUGAUGGUCCCACCCUCCUGGGCAGUGAGUUUCAAAGUGUUCUUCAGUUAUCACGGGAGAAAGGGAUUUCAAUAAAAUCAUACAUGUUGGUAUGGAUGCUGGCUAAUCAAAGAGGAAAAUGAAAUUGACUUAGAGGAUGAGACAAUGAAAAGGUAUUAUGACAUGUAUUAGACUGAAUGGAGGGAACAGAGUGGAUUAGUCUCUUCAAAAUUUGUUUUUGGGCUUCCCUGGUGGCGCAGUGGUAGAGAGUCUG